AAAAAGCCACCAAAACCCCUGGCUUGUCUCCCCUUACUUCAUCAUCUUCCCCCCCUCACUUUCUGUCCAUCUUUCCUCCCUUUGCAUAUGAUUUUUUUUCUCUUUAUGCACAUGUUUUGAGAGCACAAACGAUUCCCCCUUUAAUUUCCACAAUCAUUAUAUCUGCUGCUUUCCUGUGACUCUCCAAUUUGGAAUUUUUAUUUUAAAAAAAAAUAAUUUGUGCUCCUUUUCUUUUUCUCUGCACAAAGUUAAAAUCCCUGAUUAGAAAAUGGAAGUGAUCCAUAAUUUGUUGUUAUUGAAAUAGAAAAGUGAACUGGGGAGAGAAGAAAAAGAGGGAUUUACAUUGUUAGAACGUUGGCCUGAGCUAUAGGUGGUUUUAAGUUCCAUCACUUCCCAAACAUGGAAGCUACAGAGAUUUAGCAGUUCCUUUCUCCAUAUUUCUGACUUAUUCUAACUUUUUUUUUUUUCUUUCCUGUUGGGAUUUUUUGGAUCUUUGUGAAGGUUGAUGCAGACUGCAUAGUGGUUCCAAAUACUACUUCUUUUGAUCUAACAUCCUUUAGAUAUUAGGAAUUUGAUUGGAUUAUGCAUCCUUGAUUUUUUUUAAUUUUUUUUUUUUUGUGCUUUGUUGAUGUGAAUUGAGAAUUGUUUUUAUUGUUCCUAUUUUUUGUUUUUGGCUUUGGGAAAUUGCUUGAUUAACAAUAAACAUAUAUAGAUUCUAAUGCUAAGAAAUAGAUCUAGAGUGAUGACUGGAAAGCAAGCUUCUUUGCCUUCUCCCACCCAACAAAGUCAAAUUAGCAGCAAUCCAGUUCCAUCUUUCUUGGCUUCCCCAAGGAUUUUCAAUGGUUUAUUGGCUAGAACUCUCUCGGAACCUGACUCUGCUGUUAUGAGUCCAACCUCAAUCCUUGAUACCAAGCCAUUCUCCAAUUUUGUCAAUCUCCCAAUUGGGCAUGAUCAGAAUGUGUUCAGCUCACCAAAGAAGAAGAAUCUCAGUUCUUCUUCUUCACCAGAAAAAAACCACACGUUUGAGGAAGUAGAUGGUGUUAAACUUGGAUUAGCCUUAGUCAAUUCUCUGAGUAAUGAGAGAGAUGACACCCCAUUAUCCAAUAAGCUCAGUAACAACAAAAAGAUGAUUCUUUUUGGGUCUAAGCUGAAAGUUCAAAUCCCUCCGGUCCAAUCCGGCUCAACGCUUUCGCCGGCGUCCGACCCACCAAAAUCUCCGGCAGAUUUUGGGAUCAAGACGAGGAAUUCUGUUUUAUUGUGUACUCCUCAAUCUGGGUUCGGAUCUCCAAUGAAGGCGAGGAAUUCUCCCCGUGAAUUAGCAGAUGGGCUGUCCUUGAGAGAGAUGGAGCUUUCUGAAGAUUACACUUGUGUGAUUACUCAUGGACCUAAUCCCAAAACAACCCAUAUAUUUGAUGAUUGUGUCGUGGAGAAUUGCUGUGGAGUUGUCAGGUUGUCUGAAUUGGGGAAACAGAGUGGUGAUACUUUUUCAUCUGCUGAUCAGUUGAAUGGAUCAUCAUUGCCAAUGAAUUUCUUGGAUGCCUGCAAUUCUUGCAAUAACAGUCUUGGAGAUGGCAAAGAUGUAUUCAUGUACAGGGGUGAAAAGGCAUUGUGCAGUAACGAGUGCCGCAGCCAGGAAAUGAUUGUGGAGGAGGGAAAUGAAGGAUUUUGAGAAUUAAGACGACGAUGAUGAUUUACUGAUUGAUGAAAAUCAAGUUAUAUGAACAUUUUUAAAUUUUGUAUGUUACUCUUCUUCAUUGGUUCUCUAAGUGGAACGAACAUAACGAAAGAAGAUAGCAAGUUUUUGCACAAAUCUUUGACUACUGGUCAUUGGAGGAUCCGAUUGUGAAGUGUAAUCUAGUACAUAAGCCAAUAAUAAUAAAAACUCUUUAAUGUCCAAUUGUACGUAUCCUUCAAAUUUGUGGGGUUUUAUUUUUUCAACUCAGUCCCUUCUCAAUUAUUUGUAACUUCUAAAAUCACAUAAUAAAAUGAGGGGUGAAUGCUGUGAUGACGCAAAAGAUAAUGUAAAAGUAUUUGGUAAACCAUGUAUUGAAGCCAUUGAUUGUGUUCUAG